AGGCUGAGACGAGUGAGUUAUGGACAGAGAGGACAGUCCGACUGAAGCGGUGCAGCGUCUCCAACGCCCCACACCUGCAAGACAGAGACAGAAAGUUCAGCAACAACAACAAGCAGAGGAGGGAUCCACAGAGGACAAGGUGCCGGUCUCCCUCUCCCCAGAGCUGGCCAACUGGAUCAAACUCAGUGCUAAAGACCUGAAGAUCCGGCAGACGGACCGCCGCUGGGCUGCAGAGGUGGUUAAUGAUUUCCGAGAAAGCCUCCUGAAAUUCCUGCGGAGCAACAGUGAUCAGCCUUUCUUCCAGUCAGGAGACUUCCUCACCACCGGCAGCUACUUUGAGAAAGUGAAGAUCCACAACCCCGAUGAAUUCGACAUGAUGCUGAAGCUUCAGGCUCCUUCACGCAUCAACAUGACCAAGAUCGACGGCGGCCUCUUCUACCGGCUCGAUUUCGUCCGCCCCGCUCGGAGCCCCAUACAAGCCUUCCUUCUGGAGAAUCAGUGCACAAUCUCGUCAAGCAAGAUCCUGACUGAGAUGUUUCGCCUGGUCCGCAAGUUCCUGAAGACCUACCGAGUUCCGGUUGAAGACUUUCGCUGGGAGGUGAACAGGAAGCGGCCCUACUCGCCGGCUGUGACUUUAUCUCUGUUCAAGACUGACAACAACAUUGACGAGCUGAUCUCAGUGGAUGUGGUUCCUGCUCUGGAGGUUCACCCCUCUCAGGGCUGGCCGGUCGCCGUCCGUAAUGGCCCAGAUGUGGAGAACUGGCUCGGAAAGAAGGUUCGCCAAGAAAUCAAAAGUUUACCUUGUUACUUUGUACCGAAGAGGAUCAAAGGACGAAACCUCAGCGAGGAAGACAAAGAAAGUUGGAGGAUUUCUUUCUCUCACAUUGAGAAGAAAAUCAUCACGUGCCAUGGCAACAAGAAAACCUGCUGCGAGAGCAACGCCACCAAAUGCUGCCGUAAGCAGUGCUUAAUGCUCCUCAAGUCUCUGAUUCAGGGCCUGAAACAGCGUUUUCCCAAAGAGCUGGAUGACCUCUGCUCGUACCACGGGAAAACUGCCUUCCUCCACAUUCUGUCCAUCAGGUUCAACGACUCCAUGUGGACUCCUCAGCAGCUUCCUUUCUGCUUCCUGCAUCUCGUCAGGGCUCUGGAGGACCACGCGUGCAAAGCCAGCCUCCCUCACUUCUUCGUUCCAACGUGCAACCUCUUCUCCCCGACCGUCUUCCCCCGCAGAGCGCUGGCUUUCCUCGUCAGUGCCUUGGAGGAGCAGAGGAGGGAGGGCCUGCCCCUGCUGAAGCCUCCAGCUCCUGUCCCACCACCGAGAUCAAUCCCUCCACCAGCAGCAGCAGACUCCUCCACCAAGACACCCGCCAAUGAGUCGUCCAUAGUGACUCUAGUUCACUCUCUGGACCCUGGAUUUAUGAAUAAACUGAUCAUAGUGUUCUUUGUAGCUGUGGUUUUGUUCUGUUUCGUGUGUAAGUGA